UAAACUGGCUUUAUCAGAUAAACAGACAUAUUCAACUGAGUAUGUAUUAUUAAAGUGAGGAUUGUAGAAACUGAUAACAACCAUCUUCAAUUCCUAAUAUAUAAUAAGGAAAUCAAUCAGGUUAUAUAUAUCUGUUCUUGUCAACGCGUUUGGAUUCCAGGAGUUAUUGCAAGAAUUUAAAAAUUUCAUGAUGGCUUUAAAAAGAGUCCUGGUUGUAAAUAAGUCAUACCCGGAUGCUGGAUUAAAAUUAUUAAAAACCAAACUGGAACCUACCAUUAUCCCGUAUUUAGAUAGUGAUCCUGAAAGUCUUCCUGAAAUAAAAAAGAAUAUUUCUAACGGCUUCGAUGCGCUUGUAUGGAAUACGAAACAUCGACUUACGGGAGAAAUAUUGGACUUAGCAGGACCACGGCUCAAAGCUGUUACAACGAUGGCGUCCGGGAUAGACCACAUUGAUGUCGAUGAAUUAGUAAAACGUGGAUUGCCUUUGGGAAACACGCUCAAUGUACUGGACGAUGCAGUUGCCGAUAUCACUGUGGGGCUCGUUAUAGGCGCUGCAAGACGAUUUAAGGAAGGAAUAAAGGAACUGGAAAGUGGAGAAUGGAAAUUUGGCGUUCAGUGGAGCCUGGGGCAGGAUAUAGCAAGAAGUACAGUUGGAAUCGUUGGCCUUGGAGGUGUUGGUCAGGCCGUAGUUCGAAGAUUAAAAGGGUUCGAUGUAGCAAAGUUUAUUUACAGUGGACGCACUGAUAAACCGGAAGCAAAAGCAUUAGGAGCGCAGCGUGUGCCCUUGGAACAGUUGCUAAAAGAAAGUGACUUCGUUAUUCUAUGCUGUCCAUUAUCAGAAGAAACAAAGCAUUUGAUCAACGCUAAGAGUUUGCAGAUUAUGAAAAGCACUGCUGUACUUGUGAACAUUGGCAGAGGAGGAUUGAUUGAUCAAAAAGCCCUUUAUGACGCUUUGAAAGAAGGACAAAUCUUUGCUGCCGGUCUCGAUGUAACUACACCAGAACCUCUGCCUAAAGAUGAUCCACUUAUAUCUUUACCUAAUUGUUUUAUUAUGCCCCAUCUAGGUAGUGCCACUGUGGACACCAGAAAUGCCAUGGCGUGUAUAGCUGCCAACAAUAUACUUUUAGCUCUUGAGAAUAAACCAAUGUUAAACCCUGUUGUCUGAUUAACACUCAAGAUUAAAAGAAGUGAAUCUAGUUA